CUGGCUGCGUGCCCUCGUAGCGGAGGAGACAUUGCACUGUCCAUCGUGCAGCCGGCCUCGGCGUUAGUUAGUGAGAGUGUGUUGCAGGGUGAUUCAGGAUGGCGGAGCAGCCUCUGUGGGAGCAGAUAGGAUCCAGCUUUGUGCAGCACUACUACCAAAUGUUUGACAACGACAGAUCACAACUUGGAUCAAUAUAUAUCGAUUCGUCAUGCCUUACGUGGGAAGGACAGCAGUUCCAGGGGAAAACGACGAUUGUCGAGAAACUCGCUAGUCUCCCCUUUGCAAAGAUCGCUCAUAGUAUAACAGCGCAGGACCACCAGCCAACUCCAGACAACUGCAUCUUGAGUAUGGUCGUAGGACAGCUUAAAGUAGAUGAAGACCCGAUCAUGGGUUUCCAUCAGAGUUUCAUCCUGAAGAACAUUAGCGAAGCCUGGGUGUGCACCAAUGACAUGUUCAGGCUGGCCAUUCACAACUUUGGUUAGGCCGUCUGGAGGCGCCGGCGGGCAGGGGCUGCCUUAGUGAAGGGUGCUGUGAGAUGAAGGGUGGAGGACGGCGAGAAAAAGCUGCACUCGUCCCUCCCAUCCUCCUGCCGUCUCAUUUACGCCAGUUUGAUGAACACCAGAUUCUAGAUGUCAAUCACCGAACCUCGUCCAGGUGGGUUCCCCCCCCCUCAGCCCAGCAAGUAGAAUGCAACCAUGUUUCUUCGCUGAGAGCCAGCUGACCAAUCAGACGCCCCUGUCUGCUGCUCUGCUGAUCUGCAUGACGCUGGAACCCCUCAAUUAAAAACAACAAAACAUCCACAUUGAAGCCACCAGAAGGACAAAUAGCUGAUCGAUGCCAUUAACCCGUUCACGCUCCGUUCUGCUCUUCUUUCCUUCUAACCCACUCUGCUGUCGACCCGGUUCUCUUAGCACUGCUGUUGACUGGUCUGUAGCUCCAUGUUCAGGCUCAGAGCCUCACUCCUUUAGUUCUAACACUGUCUUUUAGUUUUAGACGCAGUUCAUGUUUACUUUAGCUUGUGUUGUUUUAUCUUUUACCUACACAGUUUAACUUCAGAAUGUUGUUCCUCUGAUGUCCUGAAACCAAAGGACAACGGAGGACAAAAGUUCUUAUUUUCUCUCAUUCUGCUUCUUCUUUUGUUCUCUCACGUGCACACACUGUUAACAUGGACUACAGCCAUGAAACAAAAAUAAAACCUGGACAUUUUUCUUAA